AUGGCGGACGUAGAUGUUGCGCCGACCUUCGGCGCUGAGCUCAAGGAUGGCUUCAAGCCCGCCAACACUUGGGUUGCUCACGGCAUAUCCUGGCUCGACGAAAUACAGCAAUUCUACCGCGAAAGGAGUGCCAUCGAAAAGGAAUAUGCUGCGAAGCUCAAUGCCUUGGCCAAGAAGUACUUCGAAAAGAAAAACAAGAAGUCAGCGCCUCUCAGCGUCGGCGACACCCCCGCCAUGACACCAGGUUCUCUCGAAAGCGCUUCCUUGACUACCUGGUCUACGCAGCUUACUACACUCGAAUCCCGAGCCGACGAACACGAUCGAUACGGCAACAACCUCCUCUCUCAAGUGGCUGAACCCCUCAAGUUCCUCGGCACCCGUUUCGAAGAGCUGCGCAAGCGCCAUGCCGACUAUGCCGGCAAACUCGAACACGAAAGGGACUCUCAAUACGCGGACCUGCGCAAGACAAAGGCCAAAUACGAUGCUGCUUGUCAGGAAGUGGAAAGCAAGCGCAAAAAGUCUGAAUCGUCCUUUGACAAGGCCAAAGCGCAGAGCGCCUAUCAGCAGCAGAUUCUAGACAUGAAUAACGUCAAGAACACAUACUUGAUCGCAAUCAAUGUCACUAACAAGCAAAAAGAGCGGUACUACCAUGACUACGUUCCCGAGGUCAUGGACAGUCUACAGGACUUGGCUGAGUUCCGUACCAUGAAGCUGAAUGGUCUGUGGACGGUCGCAUCCCAAUUGGAAGCGGCUAUGCUGGAGAGCAGUAAAGGAUUGAUGCAAAAGCUAGCAACCGAGAUUUCCAGAAACCAGCCUCACCUCGACUCUAUGAUGUAUAUCCGUCACAACCUCGGCGCAUUCCACGAGCCACCAGACAAGGUUUUUGAGCCUAGUCCCGUAUGGCAUGACGACGACUUGAUGAUUGUAGACGAAUCCGCCAAGAUCUAUCUCCGUAACGUACUCAGUAAAUCGAAAGCUCAUCUCGGAGACCUACGCAGAGAGGUUGACAAGAAAAGACGGGAGGUUGAGGGUAUCAAACGUAUAAAGCAAAGAAUACGAGAGGGCACCGAGAAGAAGGAUGAAGUUCUUGUGGUUACGCAAAUUUUCGCCUUGCAGGAAGAUCUCCACGCCGUCGACAGGCGGAGAGUGACCGCUGAAGUCGAGACGUCCACCAUUACCUCGGCUGUGGGAGAUGUGACACUUGGAGCGAAGAACCAUAACUUCAAGGCGCAAACCUUCAAGAUUCCAACAAAUUGCGACCUUUGCGGUGAAAGGAUAUGGGGAUUAUCAGCCAAAGGCUUUGACUGCAGGGACUGUGGCUAUACGUGUCACAACAAGUGCGAGAUGAAGGUCCCAGCCGACUGCCCAGGCGAGCAGACGAAGGAUGAACGAAAGAAGCUCAAGGCCGAACGCCAAGAGGCUGCCAACUCGCUGUUGAAACCGACCGCGUCCUCUCCAACCGUCGCAACAGAUUCGCCGACCCUAACGAGAUCGAAUACGAUGAACUCCUUGAGUUCAGGAUACGCGCAUAGCGCACGUCGGUCGAUCACUGGGGGCCCGACAUCGCCGAUAGAUGAGGUUCCUCCUGAGCCAUCGACACCCCGCCCAGCUGCUCCUGCGUCGACCGUAAGCUCUACUACGGCCCGUAAGAGGGUCAUGGCCCCGCCGCCAGCGGCCUAUAUCAGCGAACUACCUGGUAGCGCGCCGAAUGGGUCGGGCUCUCCAGACCAGCAGAAGGGCAAGAUGCUCUACACCUUUGAAGCUAGUGGCGACGGUGAAGUAUCUGUAGUCGAAGGCCGGGAAGUCACAAUGCUAGAACCUGAUGAUGGCACUGGCUGGGUCAAGGUGCGCGCAGGAUACAAAGAAGGCAUUGUGCCCGCCAGCUAUGUCGACUGGGCACCACCAUCGCCCAUGGUCGCGCAGAACACCGGAGCGUCCGCCCGGCCCGAGUCGACGUACUCCAACUCUGGCUCCUCGAUUGGGACAGCGGGACCGAAGAAGAAGGGGCCGGCAGUCGCUCCGAAGCGCGGAGCCAAGAAACUCAAGUACGUGGAGGCGUUGUACGAGUACACGGCGCAAAGCGACGCAGAGCACAGCAUGACGGAGGGCGAGAGAUUUGUCCUCAUCAAGGACGAUCCGGGCGACGGUUGGGCCGAAGUCGAAAAGGGCGGCGCAACGAAGAGCGUGCCUGCAAGCUACGUCCAGGCAGUCUAG